AUGACUGUUGCCUUUGUGGUAUUUGCAGUUUCAGGAAAUGAUCAACCACCUAGCAAUGUUGUGGCAUCAGAGAAUUCAUUGAUCUCUGACAAUAUUAAGCAAAUUAUUCAUAAUGAGGUUGAGAAGACAGUGCAAGAGAGACUGAAAGAACAAAAUGAUGCAGCAAUAAGUCACAAAAAUGAAUUCAAAUCAAAUACUUUGAUUUUUGGCUAAAUCAAGGGAGCUAUUCAAGUUUUCAAGCAAAAACUUGAAGAACUUAAAGAUACUGGCUUAUUGGAUAAGAUUAUUAAAGAUGCCAAAAACUAAUGGGAUGAACUCCCCUAAGAUGUAAAGGACCAAUUUAAAAGUAAUAAUGAUAUACUUUAAUCAUUAAUUUUUGCAGACGACAUAAUGAAAUACAUCAGUUAUUUAAAGGACAAAUGGAAAAGUGCAAUCUAACUAGAUCAAUUAAAAAACCUAAAUGUCAGACUUGAUCUAGAGACUAACUAAAUAUUCGUUGAGAGCGAGCUGAGAGACUCAAAUGGAAAACCACUUUUUAGUUUGAAUAUUGAUGAAAAUGGAGAAUUCACUGAUCCUAUUGCCAAGGCAAUAAUGAAUAUGGAAUUCAAGAAAGAGGAAACUGGUAUAGAUUCUGAAAAGUAAUCACCAGUUGUUGUUACAGAUGAGUAACAAUCAGAAAAAACUGGAGAAAUUAUUGUUACUAGUGAUGAAGAUCAACUAAAGCAAAAGGAUCUGAGUGUGCCAGCUGAUUAAUCUAAGCUAACAGAGUAAGAAUAGUUUGAAAUUCAAAGAGAAGUUGCCUUUAAAGUUGUGAUGUUCUUCAUUACCUUUAUAAUUCUCUGCUUUGCCCUUCUCUAUGUAUACCACAGAAUUUAAUAGGCUUCACACCCAGAGCAAUCAAAGAUGAACUUGUAAGUUUCCCCAUAGUUUAAAUUAAUUUAUAGCUUUGACUUCAUUGCUGGAGAGCUUGAGGAUUAGGAAUAUGGUAAUGUUCCAAGUGGAAGAUAUGUUAGAUGA